GUGAGACUCGAUUUUGUGUGAUAUUUUUAGAAUUCCUAAAGCUGUCUUCAUAAUUUCAAGAUUCACGCCUGACCUUGCAAAAUUUUGAGGGAAAUGGGUGAUAUUUUCCACAUAAUCAUAAUUAUUCUUUUUAUUGUGAUGACAAAAGCACAAUGUCCAUCACGAGAUCCUAACAUAACAGUGAGUAAAUGUAAUGGAUCAACGAAAUCGGGAAAAUUUAUCUAUGUGGAUAUCAACAAAAUCAAACAUCCGUGUACAUGUAAUGUAGUCUCUAUGUUUUCUGGGGAUCUACUUGUUGUAUCACGGAAAGGAGCAUCGAAGUCCUGUAAUAGCCAAGUUACAGUGUAUACAGAGAACAAAAACGCCACGUAUGAGUGCGGUACCCAUGUAACCGACACAUUCCUAGUAAAGAAGUACGAUAACAUUAUAAUAAAUGCAGAAUAUUUAAAGGAUGGAAAUCAUUUUGGAGACUUGGACCAAUGUCUUGAAAUAACUGAAAAUGAUAAUGGACAAGGAAAUAUAAGUGUAAUGUGUGGACAAUCACCAGAUAUAGAACCAACACCAGAAAUUACUGUUAUAAGCGCUCCAUCACCUUCGAAUCCGAUAACGAAAUUCAUUAUGGCAGGGACUAUAGCUGGAGGUAUUGUCAUACUUCUUGGAAUAAUUUUUGUUCUGAUGCCUAAAAGAAAAAAGAAUAGAAAAAACGACAAUGAAUCGGAGGAAGUGGACAGAGGGCACACAGAUGCGUCGGAGGAAGUGGACAGAAGGCACACAGAUGCAACGCAGACAGAUGCAUCCGAAGAAGUGGACAGAGGGCACACAAAUGCGUCGAACGAAAUGAACAGAAGACACACAGAUGCGUCGAAGAAAGUGGACAGAGGGCACACAGAUGCAUCUUUUAUUAACAAUAAAUUCCAUGUAAAUGACAACCAUAAAGGUUAUGUACAACCGGAGGAAAUUCAGUUGCCCUCAGAAAAGACAGAAGACCAUCUUUCACAUCAAACAGAGACAAAUACGAAGCAUGAAGUAAACAUGAACCAUGAAGUACCAACGAAAUACAAACAGAGAGAGCAAGACAUGUGUUCAACACAAUUUCAUGCAGUUCCAAACAACUCGGACAAAAAUGCAAUGCUGAAUAAAGCAAGACUAAAUUACGCACAAGUUUGUAUCCGUGAAGUGAAGUUCGAAAAACAAAACACAUAGAACUGUUUUGAAAUUAUACAUGAAUAAAGGACACCAAUAUCGUGUCAUUCUAACACGUUUGGUUUAUUUUUCUAUAGAUACUCUGUUUGAAAUAA